GUCGUCUAUCAAGAGUUCACCCAAAUCAGUGCUAAAAGAAUACACCAUACAUAUAUUUUCCUUUGACACAAUACCUAUAUAGGUUCCAAUACUCCCAACCAGAAGUUUAUAGUUUUCCAAAGUUACAAAAAGUUGGAACUUGGAGGCCUCAUUUCAUCUCAUCUCCUUUUAUCCUAUCAAUGUUUACCCAGAAGAAUCAUAACCAUGUUUUGGGGCAAGAACUCCAAGAAGAUCAUAAGCAUGAUGAUAUUCCAGCAUACAAAGAAGUUGUGGCGAAGAGCAAAGAUUUUUUCAAGAAAAAUUUUCCAGAUAUUUAUGAUGAGUCUUUACAUGUUCUUGAAAAACUUGAGGAGAUGAAAAGGGAUAGUGAGCAUAGGAAAAGUCGGGUUGUGCAAAGAAGUCUGAGUCUCGGCUCACCCAGAAAGUUUAAGCUUCAAAGGUUCAGACUAAAGACUCCAAAUGUAAUUCUCGUGACUCGACCAGAGGGUCAAGGUGGUCAUUUUACCGACCAAACUAAUGCUUCCAAAAACAUUAGUUGAUCUUGAUCAUUAUUUUAGAAAUUAAUGAAUUGCAUAUAUAAACUGUACAAAGUAUUAAAUUAAAUUGUAUGUAACCAUUAUAUUAUUAGUUUCUCUAUUAAGUAGUGAUUUAAUUUUAUUCCAUAUU